AUGAAUGAACCAUCAUUACGUCGUUUAGAAUUUGAUCGUGAAAAUAUACUUUAUGAACUUUUUAUUUCAACAAAUGAUUUAUCUAUAAUUAAAUCGAAUCGUCAAAAUCAAAAUAAUGAUAUCAGUUGGUUAAUGGCAUUUGGUAGAUAUCUUAAAACUAUUCGUAUAAAUUCACAUCCAAUAAAUUCAAAUAUUCAUCUUUAUGAAUUUAUUAAACAAAUAUUAAAUGAAAAUCUUGAAAUAAAUUGUGGAUUAAUUUUAAUUCUUAAACAAUGUAUUUAUCUUUAUCCAGAUAAACUUAUUAAUUUAUCAUUUGAAUAUUAUUUAUCAAAUAUUUUAUUAAUUAUAUUAGAUCCUUAUCUUAAAUAUAAAUAUAUUCGUCUUCUUUAUUUAAUUUUAAAUAAAAUUGAUAAAAAAUUUUUUAAUAAUAUUUUUCCAUUAAAAGAAAAUCUUCUUAAAAAUUAUCAACAAUAUGAUAUAUCAAUAAUAAUUAUAUUAGAAAAAUUAAUUUUAAUUAAUUUAGAUUAUGAAUUUCAAUUAUUACUUAAUAAAAUUUAUAAUAAAACAUUUUAUGAAUAUUUAAAAUCGAAUGAUUUUGAUGAUGAUGAAAUUAUUGAUUUAUGUUAUAUUUUAUUUCAAAUAAAUCUUAAUAAAAAUUUUCAUUGUAUAUUUAAUAUAUCAAAUAUAUUUAUUGAUUUAUUAAAAUAUAUUAAUUAUGAUAUAGAUACAAUGAUGAAUUGGUUAUUAACACCAGAAACUGAUAUGGGACGUAUUUUUCUUGAACAUCUUGGUGGUCAACGAAUAUUUUCAUGUGCACAUUGUGAUACACCAUUAACAAAUCGUAAUGAAUUAGUUUCAACAAGAUUUACGGGUGCAACUGGUCGAGCUUUUUUAUUUAGUCGAAUAGUUAAUACAAAACAAAGUCCUGUACAAGAACGGAUAAUGUUAACUGGUCGACAUUUUGUUCGAGAUAUAAGUUGUAAAAAAUGUGAUGCUAAAUUAGGUUGGAUGUAUGAAUUUGCAACUGAAGAAUCACAACGAUAUAAAGAAGGACGAGUGAUUCUUGAACGUGCUUUAAUUAAUGAAACUGUUGGAUUUUAG